UUUACCGAGGAGCACUGGGCGUUCCUUAUGCUCAGCCUCAUACGGUCUGGCAACUUGGCAGCUGCAGAACGCUUCUGGGCAGGUAUGAACAAGAUUAGCGGGAAGACGCCGCCGCUCGUUCAAGCCGCUAUCAUCGAAGGCUACGCCUUCUUGAAGAGGUUCGACCGCGCACUGGCGGCUUGGAAGGUGUUCACUGUUCCUAGAGAGACACCUACGGUAGCCGUGCAUCAAGCAUACAUCAAUGCUCUGCUUCGACAAGGACGCCCGGAUGAUGCGCUGGCGGAACUCGGAAGACUCGAGCAGAAUCUCUGCGAGAGAUCCAACACUUCAAGCGAUUCCGCGGUCUUAUCCGCCUUUAACACGGUGCUCGAGUGGCUGCUCGGACGAUCCCGCUUUGAAGAAGCUCGAGCGAUCCUGGGCAGAAUGAAGAAGACGGGCCCGAAACCGGACGCUGCCUCGUUCAAUGUGUUCAUGAAGCACCAUAGCCGAAGCAAGGACCUGAGCGCGAUCUCCGGGAUUAUGCAGGAGAUGCGCUCUUCGGGGAUUGACGCGGACAUCUAUACCGCGUCGAUUCUGUUACUUGCCCUCCACUCGGCGCGGGAAGACGCUCCGCAGCUUGCCAUAACUCUCUUGCGCCAGAGUGGCAUCACCGCCGACACCACCACAUGUACGACGCUCCUCGAACACCUGGUACGCUCAGAGGACGACAACGCCUUCGACGCUGCCCUCGCCUUCGUUGAACACAUGGAGACGCGCAAUUUGCAGCUGCCGUCGUCUGAUCAGUGGUAUAUGCUUACUACUGUCCUGUGCGGAAUCGAACGCAGAGUCUGGCGUAGCUCGCCUUUAGCUGCUCGCUACCGACACGUAGUCAUCGGAAAGAUGGAAAAGCACCAACGCAGCCCAUUCAGGCCCACAUCCCACACUCUCAUUGUCAUUCAAGCGUGCUGCGAAAAUCCGACACCCGAGGCGAUGCAGCGCGCGAUGGUGUACUACCGAAUGCAUAAGCGCGAAGAAGCGAAGAGGGGAAAUACUGCAAAUUGGAGGGUUUGGAGUAAGCUCAUGGAACAGCUAAUUCGGAGGGGCGAGUGGAAGCUUGCCGACGAACUAGCCGAUAAUGUCGACGUCAAACAGUUCUCACCUGGUAUGCGGCAGCUGCUCAAUCGGGCAAAAAGUCGCGAUAACUCGGACUAUGUGCAUAUGAAUCCCGGUGUAAAAAAAAGUAGAACAUAAAUGUGCCGAAUAGUACCUCCGUACACUCAGUAAGUCUGCUCCG